CGACACGGCACGCCAUCUAGCUCCGACAGAAAGCUACUGCCAUCGAGGGAAACCCUCUCGCUCCUGCGGUCUCACAGUAACGUGGAGCUCGAAUCCAAGCCAGAACCGCAAGCAUGGCGCGUAAUUCUGAAAAGGCGCACUCGAUGCUCUUCCGCUUCCGCGCUGCGCAGGCCGCGGAAGCUGGUAUCAUCGACAUAUCGCGUACCCGCCGCCCCAAGCUCAUCACCUCGGUCAACUCGAUUCCCAUUUGCGAGAAAUGGCGCGGUCAGGUGCUAAAGGAGAUUUCGCGCAAAGUCACAAAGAUCCAGGACGAGGCCCUUUCAGACUACCAGAUCCGCGACCUCAACGAUGAGAUCAACAAACUCAUGAGAGAGAAGCACAUGUGGGAAAGUCAGAUAAGAGGCUUGGGUGGACCGAACUACAUGAGAGGCGGGCGAGUGCUGGAUGAAGAAGGGCGGGAGGUGCCAGGAGGAGGAAAGGGAUACAGAUACUUUGGACGAGCCAAGGACCUGCCGGGUGUCAAGGAGUUGUUCGAGAGGCAGAGCAGACCGGAAGAUGACAUGGACAAGGGGCGCGAAAAGAGGAGUGAGCUGAGGCAGAAGGUGGAUGCGGGCUACUAUGGCUACAACCUAGACGAAGAGGACGGCACGCUGCUAGCAUAUGAAACGGCGAAAGAACAGGAGGCCUGGGACAAUUUCAUGUUACUCGGCGAUGAACUGGACGCAAAGCCGAGCAAAACACAGAAGGAGUGGAUGGAAUUACCAGGUGACGUGGGCGACGGCAUACGAUGGCGCAUCCCAACCCUUGACGAGGUCAACAACGAGCUAGUCGAGCGCAGGAGAAGGAAGCUUCUUGAGAAACUGGGUUGAGUGCGUAGUUUCGGCGGUGAAGUGUACAGCAGCAGACUGCGACUUUAUAGGUGCAGCUUCUACUUGGCUGGGAGACGAGAAUCAAACAUUGAUACCCUUGCCGAGCGACCGGCUUCACAAAACUUAUAUACAUUAGAGUCAUUGGGACAAGCAAGAGCAAGUUCAAUUCAGCAUGACAAUGCAAGUGGUGCAUGAUGCUUUGGUCAUUCAUGCUUAGAUACCAUCAGAUGGACUACUCUGUGCG